GCGGCCGCCUCCUUCCUGCUGCCGGCGCGGGGGCGGCGGCGCUGGCGCGGCGGGGCCGGGGCAUCGCGGGCCCGGGUGCUCCUCCCGCUCCUGAGCUCCGCUCCCCAUGGCCGGGAACUUCUGGCAGAGCUCGCACUAUUUACAAUGGAUUUUGGAUAAACAAGAUCUGUUGAAGGAACGCCAGAAAGACUUGAAAUUUCUGACUGAAGAAGAAUAUUGGAAGCUACAGAUAUUUUUUACUAAUGUUAUCCAGGCUUUAGGUGAACAUCUUAAAUUAAGACAACAAGUUAUUGCCACUGCUACAGUCUACUUCAAGAGAUUCUAUGCCAGAUAUUCCCUAAAAAGUAUAGAUCCAGUAUUAAUGGCUCCUACGUGUGUGUUUUUGGCAUCCAAAGUAGAGGAAUUUGGUGUUGUUUCAAAUACAAGGUUGAUUUCUGCUGCUACUUCUGUAUUGAAAACUAGGUUUUCGUACGCCUUUCCGAAGGAGUUUCCUUAUAGGAUGAACCAUAUACUAGAAUGUGAAUUCUAUCUCUUAGAAUUAAUGGACUGCUGUUUGAUAGUAUAUCAUCCUUAUAGACCUUUGCUCCAAUAUGUACAAGAUAUGGGCCAAGAAGACAUGCUGCUACCUCUCGCAUGGAGGAUAGUGAAUGACACAUAUAGAACUGAUCUUUGUCUGCUGUACCCUCCUUUCAUGAUAGCUCUAGCUUGCCUACAUGUGGCCUGUGUUGUCCAGCAGAAGGAUGCAAGGCAAUGGUUUGCUGAGCUGUCUGUUGAUAUGGAAAAGAUUUUAGAAAUAAUCAGGGUUAUUCUGAAGCUAUAUGAGCAGUGGAAGAACUUUGAUGAGAGGAAAGAGAUGGCUACUAUUCUUAGUAAAAUGCCUAAACCAAAACCACCUCCAAACAGUGAAGGAGAACAGGGUCCAAAUGGUAGCCAGAACUCUAGCUAUAGCCAAUCUUAAGACAUUCCAAAGAAUUUCUUUAUGGACCACUUUGACUCAAGACACCCUGGGAUCUUUCCUGUGUUCAUGAAAUGGACAGAAGGUUUUAGUAACAUCUUUGACGAAGAACUUGAAGAAUAAAUAGCUUGUUUGUGUCAAGCAUUUGGAAAGCUUUUUCUCUAAAACUGCAUCAUUUUCUCUAAGCUGGAGCAGAUGUACUAAGAUUUUUCAGUGUAAGGAAUCAAACAUUAAACCAAGCUGCAAAAAGGUUAACACCAUCCACUGAAAACAAGUAGGUCAUUAUUUGGAUUGUUUGCUUUGAGGAAAUUGUAACUUGCCAUGGAAGUGAACUAUUUUUAAAACGACAGUAACCUGAAGCCUAAGUGUAACUGUGUUGAUGACUUGUGUUGUCUUCAUUUUGUUUGUGGCUGAAGGAGGAUAGUGCCCUGUAUGUUAAAUUUAUUCAUUACCCUGAGUUCUGUUGAUUUUUUUAAAACAAUAAAUGUGGAUUCAUUAACAAGUAACACACCAAUCCUUCAGAAACAAAGCCAGCAAAUAAUAUUGUUACAGUUUUAAUGGAAGCUGCGGGAAAGAAAUUCAGUUCCUUUUUUUUUUUUAUUAGAAGAAAGCUGUUUUACUCAGUAGAUGUGCUUGGAGGGUGUUUUGCCAUGAAGCAUAGUAGCCCAGCUGAUCAGAGAAGUGCAAUAUGUAUAGUGAUUCUGCAGUUUUCUUAAACAUUUCAAGUGUUACAAAUUAAAAAACCCGACAUACUAUGACUUCUUUUUUUCUGCAAGUAAGCGUUCUGUGUUGUACAAUUGGAAUAGUUCACAAUCAAGUACCAGUCUGGAUAUGAUUACCAUUUUUUAUGGAUUUUGUUUUGUACAAGAGAUAAACACUGUUAGUCUGCCUUCACUGUUAGUAUGAAUUUGUGUGGUUCGUUAGAGUUUAUUUAAGAGGUUCAAGCUUUCAGUGAGCUUCAUACUGGCUAAUUUUAAUUAUGAUGUUAGGAGGAACUUUUUAGAAUAACUGAAAUGGGAUUCCUUGGUUAACUAUGUGCUGGAGAAAAUGAGAUUCCUUCAAGCAGAAGGCCGUAUCCUGUGUUCCUUACUCAGGCAGAUAUCCCACUGAAGCCAGGAAUUGGCCUAAAUCAAAUUUCUUGAUUUUUAGAUAACUUUGUUUCUAAUUAAGUUCUGUACAACUUCAUUUUGAGUAAUAAUACCAAAAAUACCAAAACUGAAUGACACAGUGCAGUCAUGUGGUUCUCCUUUUUUUUAUUUUUCCCCUGAAACAACACAUGUCAAUGGUCCGAAAUCCUGGAGGGAAAUUCUUAAAAACUCUUGCUCUGUGAUGCAUCUUGGUUCCACAGACCAUCCCCUUAUAAAAACCUCAACAGUUUUUGUGAGUAACUGUCUGUCUUUGUAAUUGGCUGGUCAUUCAGUGAAAUAUAACUGAAGUGUGGUUGUAUGUAGCUCCUUUGGCUACUAGCAUUUAUUUCUGUUCAGGUCAUUUUUGUAAAACAUUAGGCAAACAAGCCCAAACAUCUUGGUCUUUGCUACUUUUGUUGUCAUUUGAUUCAUAUCUUUUAUAGACACUUGAUUGAUGAAGUGGAAUUUGGCUAUUUGCCUCUGUUUCUUGAAGUCUAAAAUGUGCUAUUUGUAAUGUGGACUGGGGGAGUAGAAAUAAAUCAAUGCAACUUGA